AUGACAGCCCGAGAGUCUUCUAUGUCUGAUAGCAUCAAAUCAAUUAUUGGUGACCUGGUUCGUUGUUGUGGUGAACCUUAUGUCGCAGCACCGGAGGUCACCGAGUUGCUUUACACCCAGCUCUGCUCUUAUGCUGGUCAGCUGAUCAGAGGAUUGCGAAGCCAACGACUUUCGUUGGAGAACAUAUUGUUAGCCGUUCGGAAUGACCCACUGCGGCUUGCAAGAGUGAUGGAUUACUAUCGUGUGCUGGAUAGCGGUUACAGCGAGGACGACACACUCGGUAACCUGGAAGAUGACGAAGAAACCUAUUUGUCUAUGAUCAUGCUAAAAAGGAAUAGCCUAAAACGCCUGAUGGACGUAUCUGCUCAACUCAAGAUCCAAAUCGCGGACGACGAUUGCGAACUCUUGCCCAAACACUACGCACCGUUUGUGGAGGGCAGACGUCUCCGUUUGGAACGCAUUGACAGGAAGAUUUCUCAGCUUUCUGUCGACGAAUACCUAAAGUUCUCAAAAAUGCGGCAGUCCGCUAGUCUGUUGACCUUAGCUAAACCCUCAACGAGACUAGCGUUUUGGCGUUGGAUUUCUGAGCAGUGUCCUGAUGUGGAUACGCCUGUGAACCAGCCGGUGAAGUUCCCAUCUAGUUUGUCAGAGGAAUUGCGUGUGUUGGUCCACGUACUUACUGGUGACCUACUCCAUGUUAUUGAUUUGACACUGUAUUACAGACAAAAACUUGGAAUCGAGCUCUCGUCACCACUUACCCCUGUCGAAUUGAAGCAGGCCGCUCACAUGAAAUCCGUUAAAUUUGCCGCAUCCAAAGUCCCCUAA